AUGUUGCUGACGAUGAAUCUUGCUGAAAAAUUGACGAAUAUAAAUUUACCGUCGUAUUUGUUACCUCAUUUGGAGAGCUUGGACCUGAGUAGAAAUCAUAUUAUCUCCCUCGAGAGUCUAAAUGCUCUUCCGAAAUUGAAAACUUUACGUAUGAGUUACAAUCGUUUGGAGACCCUACAUCUGGAUAAAUCGAACGAUACCUAUGGCUUUUUAAAUUUGUCCACUUUAUACUUAGAUCAUAAUCGUAUCAGCUCAAUAACGUUGGCCGACGACAGCCACGUAUUCCCAAUGUUGAAAUAUCUCUUUUUGCAUCACAAUAAAUUGGCGAACGUACGCGACUUACGAAGGAAUUCCAGCUUGGAAAUUUUAAUAAUAGAUCACAAUAAAAUAGAGACGAUGGACGUCGAUUCUUUCCACGAGGAUAAUAACAUUGCCUGCUUGUCGAUCGAGAGCAACAAAAUCCAAGAUUUGCGCUUCGUCCAAAAACUCUCGUCUUUGAAAAAGCUUCACAUAGCUGACAAUCUUAUAGCGAAGGAAAACGAGCUUGACUAUUUAACGUCGUUGAAAAACUUGGAGGAAUUGACUCUCAUGGGCAAUCCACUGUCGGAAACGAUGAAUUAUUAUAAAUUCGCUUUACACAGUUUGUCCAGAAUAAAAAGUAUCGAUGGAUAUAGUCUGUUGAAUAAGACUUGCGGCUGCAAUGAUCCUUUCGCCUAUGGAUGCCUGGAAACGCAAUCAGAAAACUGA